UGUUAAAUAACUAAGAAAAAAGUACAUAUAUAUAUUUACUAUAUCUGUGGAGUGUGAUAUGAUUAUGACGCUAUAAGACUUCGGAAUGCUUUGGAAAUUAUCUGCUAAAAUUCUUAUAUUUUGUAUGGUAGUAGAUAUUUCUCUUGCUUCUGAUAAUUCUAAGCGUAAUGACAGUUACAGAUGUAGAUUAGGCUCGAAAACUCCUUAUAGAUGUGUAGCUAAUUAUGAUGAAUCAACAUUAGAAUAUCCAGAUUGUGUGGAGAAAAAGAUUUGGUUGAUUUUUCGUCAUGGAACUCGAUAUCCAGGCAAGAAGUAUAUACCUCGUAUGAUAGAAGACUUACCAGAGCUGCAACAUGUAAUAUUAAAAAAUUAUAAGAACGCAGCAACAAAUUUGUCAGCUGAUGAAGCAGCUCUGUUUAAAAAAUGGAAACUAUCAUUUACUCAAGGAAACAUGAUGAAAUUGGCAGUGGAAGGAGAAAAUGAAAUGAUUGAUCUCGGAGAAAGAUAUCAGGCAAGAUUUCCAUCUCUAAUGCCAGAAGCUUUUAACAAUCAAACAUAUAAAUUUAGAUUCACUGCCACACAACGUACAGAAGAGAGUGCAAGACAUUUUGCUGUUGGUUUAUUUGGUUGGCAUAAUAGCAAAAAUGUUUGGUAUCCAUUACCAGUAUAUCGAGAUCGAGUGAUAAGAUUUUAUAAAGCUUGUCCUCGCUGGCGCCAAGAAGUUGACAAGAAUUUAGAUGCAAAAUUAGAGAAAACGAAAUUUUUGGAUAGCAAAAUUGUUAGAAAUAUGGUAGACAAUAUUAAGAAGCGCAUUGGUCUCAAUAUUGAUUAUGAAACUGUAAAUUUAAUGUACACAACGUGUGCUUUUGAAACUGCUUUAAAUCAAAAUAUAAUAUCUCCCUGGUGUAAAAUAUUUUCAUCAAAUGAUUUCAAAAUCUUUGAAUACAUAGAAGAUUUAGAAUUCUAUUGGAUCGACGGAUAUGGCUAUCCAUUGACUUAUGAGCAAGCGUGUGCUGUCUUAAAAGAUAUGUUUGAUUUCUUUGGAUCUAAUGAAGCGGCAGUGACAACAGCUUAUUUUACACAUUCUGGCACAAUUUUAAAAUUAAUAGCGUUACUCGGACUAGCCAAAGAUGCGCAUCCUUUAACGCAUGACUCCUUCGUAUUACGCAAGAAAGAAGAUAAAAGAGCUUGGAGGAGUAGUAUUAUUGAUACGUUUGCAACUAACAUGGCAUUUGUUUUGUAUGAUUGCGAAUAUUACGGACCCAGUGUCUUAUUCAUGCUUCAGGAACGACCGGUAUAUUUACCAGGCUGUCCGAAAGACAUGCCAUGUCCAUUAAAUAUUAUGAAAGCAAUAUAUCCAGAUCGCGAUGAAGAAUGUCAGUUUGAUGCUAUGUGCCAUAUAACAAAACAAGGCAAUUGAUGCAAAAAAAUAUUUUUGCAGUAAUGCCAUAUACAUAUGCAUAUG